CUUCAUAGCACAAACAUUUUUUUUCUGAUAUUAUGAAUAGAAACAGAGUGAUAUGAUGAAUACAAACUGGGUAGAUAUGAAAUUGAAGUGCAUGUGGAGUAUAGUUAAUUAUGAAUCACAAACACGAUUAGGAGAUAUUCUUUAGAGUAGACGGCAUUGCCUAAGUACAGGAUACAAAAUACGGCAUUUGUGAAAAAUUUAAGAUGCAGAAAACACUGCUAUUCUAGUGUUGUUUAGUUACCUCUCUCGAUAUGGUGGUAAAAAACACAAACCAAUUAGAGGAAGCAACUGAUUCAACUUAUGAUAGAGAAGCUGAAGUGAAAGCUUUUGAUGAUUCAAAAGUUGGUGUCAAUGGUUUGGUGGAGUCAGGGGUGACAAAGAUCCCACGUAUGUUCCAUACUGGAAAGUUGGAGAUCACCGAAAACUCAGGCAGUGACUCCAAGUUGAGUGUUCCGAUCGUAGACCUCAAAAAUAUACACGCCAAUCCAGCUCUGCGUGUAGAGGUAGUUGACCAAAUUCGAUGUGCAUGCCACGAGUGGGGAUUCUUUCAGGUGAUUAAUCAUGGAAUUUCUGUUACUGUCUUGAAUGAAAUGAUUGAUGGUAUCCGUAUGUUUCAUGAACAAGAUGCUGAUGUAAGAAAAGAGUUUUACACGCGUGAUUUACAGAAAAAAGUUAUGUAUUACUCUAAUGGAACCUUGUUUAGUGGCCAAGCCGCUAAUUGGAGAGAUACAUUUGGUUUCCGUGUUGCUCCUGAUCCAUUCAAACCAGAAGAACUACCACCAAUAUGCAGAGAUAUUGUGAUUGAGUAUUUGCAGAAAAUAACGGAUUUGGGUUUCACGAUCUUUGAGUUAUUGUCAGAGGCACUAGGACUUGAUCCUUCUUACCUCAAAGAGUUGAAUUGUGCUGAAGGACUCUAUAUUCAAGGUCAUUACUAUCCACCAUGCCCUGAACCUGAACUAACUAUGGGUGCUACUAAGCAUACUGAUGCUGGCUUCAUGACAUUAGUUCUACAAGACCAGCUUGGUGGUCUUCAAAUUCUUCAUGAGGAUAAAUGGGUCAAUGUUCCUCCGGUACAUGGAGCUCUUGUUGUAAACAUGGGAGAUCUUCUACAGCUUAUCACAAAUGACAGGUUUGUAAGUGUUUAUCACCGAGUCUUAUCACAAAACAUAGGCCCAAGAAUUUCUGUAGCAAGCUUCUUUGUCAAUUCUCCUGACUCAAUUAAAGGUGCAUCAAAGGUAUAUGGUCCUAUUAAGGAACUGCUUUCAGAAGAAAACCCACCAAUCUACAAAGACAUUACGAUAAAAGAUUUCUUCGCACAUUUUUUCGCAAAAGGACUUGAUGGGAAUUCUUCCUUGGAGCCCUUCAAGUUGUGAGUUUAACAUGUGAACAUACGUUUGGUUCUCGUGGAGCUGGCCAUAAGCUAUCUAAAUACCAAGUCACAUUUUCUGUGAUAUAAGCGUGCUCUAUUUGUAUAUGUUUUCGAGACUGAACUAUUUUACGCACAGGAUUAAAUUUGUGUGGUCGUCUCAUGGUGAGAAAAUAUGUUUUUUGAUAAAUUGGAUGAGCUUGUUGACUGUAAAUAACAAAUGAAGUCUGGAGUAAGUUAUUGCCUAAUCUUGUAAUUUUAAGGGACUGUGUUCAAGAAGUCUCACAUCA